GUUUGUCUCCACCUCAUGGGUAACUAAUGCCGACGUCCUUAAAGAUCCGGCGAAGGAACAUUUAUGUGAGAAAUUGUAACUGUGAUACAUUAUGAAGUUUAUUUACAUCUAUCCCUGACGAAAACCUCAGUAGUAAUCAUAUAAGGUCAAGAGCUACCUGGGAUGUAUUAAAAAACAAGAUGAGUGAACAAGAGGCAGGAAGUAAUAUCUACACAGACAACUAGUGCUGACCUGUAUGUUCUAUUGAAUUAUCGAAAUAAUUGUGAAAAUUUGGUGCACAACAAUGGGUUUUCAAGACUUAAUAUCGUCACUCUCAGAUAAUCCUUACUUUGGUGCUGGCUUUGGGUUGUUUGGAGUUGGAGCUGGAGCAGCAGUUUUAAGAAAAGGAUAUAUGAUGGGGAUGAUCCUGUUCCGGCGGCACUACAUGACAACUCUAGAGGUUCCGUGCCGUGAUAAAUCGUAUCAUUGGCUGCUUCAGUGGAUCACCUUAAGAGGUGCAAGAAAGACACAACAUCUUAGUGUAGAGACAAAAUUUCAAGAAAUUGAAACUGGUAAAAUUACCACUCGUCAUGAUUUUAUACCCAGCGUUGGUGAACACUUUUUUUGGUAUGGCGGGACAUGGCUGAAAGUGGAACGUACAAGAGAACAGCACACACUAGACCUCCAGCAUGGUACCCCUUGGGAGAAUGUAACUUUUACUGCAUUUGGAAAUCAAAGAAAACUCUUUCUUGAUAUCAUUUAUGAAGCUCGUGAUUUGGCAGUAAAGCAAAAUGAAGGGAAGACCAUAAUGUACACUGCCUAUGGCUCAGAGUGGCGGCAGUUUGGCAAUCCUCGAAAACCUCGCCCACUCACCUCUGUUGUACUUGAUGAGGGAGUCUCUAAUAAGAUUGUAAAAGAUGUUAAGGAGUUUAUGGAUAAUCCUAAAUGGUACUCUGACAGAGGAAUCCCCUAUAGGCGUGGUUAUUUACUUCAUGGUCCUCCUGGGUGUGGCAAGAGCUCUUUUAUAACUGCUCUGGCUGGAGAAUUACAACUUGGCAUUUGUGUUCUAAACCUCAGUGAGCGAGGCCUUACUGAUGACAGACUUAACCAUUUGUUGGCUCUGGCACCUGAGAACACUAUCAUUCUACUGGAGGAUGUUGAUUCAGCUUUUGCUAGCAGAGAAGAAACUGCAGAUAUGAAAGCUGCAUACGCUGGCCUCAAUCGGUUGACCUUUAGUGGACUUCUGAACUGUCUUGAUGGUGUUGCAUCAACAGAAGCAAGAAUGAUGUUCCUGACAACAAAUUAUCCUGAAAGACUUGACCCAGCAUUGAUACGCCCAGGCCGAGUAGACAUGAAGGAGUAUAUUGGAUACUGCACAACUCACCAGUUGGAGACAAUGUUCUGCAACUUUUAUCCUGAUGUUUCUGGUCUAGCUUCAACCUUCUCACAAGCUUCAGGAAACUUGGGAGUUCCACUGAGUGCAGCAGCAGUCCAAGGUCACUUUAUGAUUUACAAAGAAGAUCCUUUAGGAGCUGUACACAACGUUAUUCAUAUGGCCACUGAAAAUGUCAUCAGGAGAGAUACCAUACCCAUGAAUAGAGAGAAUAGUGUAUUUGAUAUAAAGAAAAACUUGUAAAAAAAAAAAAAAAAAAUUA